GCUUAAAAAUACAUCAUAAAACAUAUCAGAAUGUUGACUUUCAUGCAGUUAAGGCAACCCAUGUGUGACUGUAAACAUCCAUUCAGAUAUCUGAGGAUAGUUGUAGAUUGUAAAGAUAGUACAACAUUUUUGAUCUAAAAAAAUUAGACGUAGCUCAACGAACAGAACCUAGGUGUCUCAAGACCUGUUUAUAAAAGUUUACAUUUAUGCAUUUGGCAGACACUUUUAUCCAAAGCGACUUACAGUGCAUUCAUGGUAUACAUUGUAUCAAUUUGUGUGUUCCCUGGGAAUUGAACCCAUGAUCUUGGCAUUGCUAGGGCAAUGCCCUGCCAGUUGACCUGCUGGAACUCUGAACUCUUUUAACUUGACACUGCAUUUAAAAAAUGUGUCACUCAAAAACAGCGAGGUGCAGCAGUCAAAGUUGUCUGUGAAAUGCAUGUUUACAUCCAUCCAUCCAUGUUCUAAAGUUGCUUAUCUUAUAUAGGGUCGUGGCUAAUGCUGGAGCCUCCCCCAGCUGUCUUGGGCCGAAGCCAGAUAGCUAUUGUGGCUACGAGAACCAGCUUUUUAAUGAAGAGGACUUAGCUGGAGAAGAGGAGGAAAUUCCUCCCUUGAGAGGAAGGACAAGAGGAGGAUGUAUGAAAUGUCAGCAGACACAUUCUCUCCAGCUUGCUGUCAAAAUGCUGUAUGGCUUUUUUGCUUUGCUCAUUAUUGCUGUGGCCGUCUUGGCAUCCCUUGUUUUUAGAAGAGUUGAUAACUUAUCUGAAGAGGAAUCAUUUUACCACAAAAAGAUUUCGAAAGUCCAGAACAGUAUAAAAGAUUUUAGUAAGGCAAACAACUAUUCUAACUGCUUAGAUGUUACACAAUUCCAAGAUGAGAUUGUCAGACUCCAGAAGGAGUUUGAAGAGCUCCAAAAGAUGGUUCUGAGUCAAGAGCAGCAGUUGGACCAGACCACUCAAUCUCAACAGAGUCUAACACAAUCCAGCAACAGGAUGACGAGAGACCUCCAGGCCUUUGGAUUCACCAUCAAGCACAUAAACCAGUCUCUGGGCCAGUACUUGUAUCAGGUGAAUGGCUGGCAGGUCGUCAUUAAUGAAACUGAUCAAGGAAUGAAAACCCUUGUUGAAGAUCAGUAUGAUUUGAAGGCCACAAUGCAACAAGUCAACAUUACUGUUGCACUUAGUGCGUUGUGGAUAGGUGCUCUUCAGAGGAAAGCCGAAGAGGAGACCUUAGUGCUUCAAAAAAUAAAAGCAGACUGGCAGAACUACAGCCGAGUUUUAAGUGCACUAAAGUCCAAUGCCAGUAUAACCACACAGACUGUAAGGGCUAUACAAAGUGCCGUCUCUGCCACUCACCAGCGAAUCAGCAUGAGCUCAGAGAUGGUACAUGACCUUACUUUACAAGUCAUGAACCUUCAGAUGCAACUCGACAAUGUUUCUUCUUACAUUGACGAACAUGAGGAGAACAUGCAUGACCACCAGUACCAUUCCAAGUACUAUGAGAACCGUACUGGGGAACGAUUUGUGACCUUGGAUGCAAGAAUGAACUCCAUUGAAAUGGAGAUCGACACAAUCUCAUCUAGCAUUAAUGCAACUGUCAGCCAUGUUCAGAGCAUGUACAAAUACAUUAACAUCGAGAGUUCCUCUUGCCAGUCCAGACUGGAUAUUCACACAGAAGAUUUGCAGAACCUCAACAACACAGUCUUACUACUACUUCACCUGGCUGACACUCUAAGAAAGCAGCACAUGAUACUGAGCGUACGCCUUGAUUCUGAUGUGAGGAACCUUUCCAUUGUAAUGGAGGAGAUGAAGCUGGUAGACACAAGUCAUGCACAGCUGAUCCAGAACUUUACUAUUUUGAAAGGUCUUCCUGGUCCCCCAGGUCCAAAAGGAAAUAAAGGGGAACAAGGUGGGAAAGGACCAAUAGGUCUUACGGGAACAAAAGGAGACAGGGGGCUUGCAGGAAAUCGUGGGUCUCAAGGACCAAAGGGUCUUAUGGGCUUUAAGGGUGAUCCUGGAGUACAAGGAGCUUCUGGAAUGAAAGGGAUGUCAGGACUUAAAGGAGAAAAGGGUCCCUUAGGGCAACCAGGGCCUCGUGGUGAAAAGGGACAGAAGGGUGAUAUGGGUGUUCCUGGGAGAGAUGGAGUUCCCGGCCCCCAAGGACCAGCAGGAAUCCGGGGACAAGCUGGCCUCCCAGGGGUACAUGGCCCCCCUGGACCGGUUGGAAUACAGGGCCCUAUGGGACCUCCAGGACAACCUGGAAUACCUGGGCCACGAGGGGAGCCUGCACAGAAGUGAUGAGCAGACAGACGUUAUCUUAUUGUUCUUAAAACUUUGCAAAUUCCUAUACCAAAUGGUGAUACAUUGACUGCCUUUCUGGACAGACUGUUAAUGUCACUUGCAGGGCUGCCGCUAAUAUUCAUGGGGCGCAGGACAAAUUAUUUUUUCUGGGCCCCCUCAUAUCAGGGCCCGAGGCAAUAUUCCUGGUUGUCUCCCUGAUAACGGUCCUGGUCUCUUGUAGUGGAUAGUGGAGAUCCACUUGGAGCUCUUUCAAAGCAAGAUGAUGGUGGGGACUCUUGGUAUCUUAGAGGUCUACAUAUGCAUUCCCAAAACAAGGAGUUUGCUCUAAAAACACUUACACACUUUGCAUAGAUGUAAAGCACAAACCAGUAUGAGCCUCUUCACAGCAAUCUUGCUUAAUAAAUGGUUACAGAGACAGGCUGCUCUGAAAUCAUUAAUUGUACAAGGUACCAUCUAUUUGCCUCAGAAAGAAAAUAAAUUUGACAGUAUAUUUUUCAUUGUGUAACAAUGAUGGACUAUAUUAGGCAUAUCACUAGGGGUGGGUAAAAAUAUAGAUUUUCCAAUGCAUCACAGUCUUCAUUUAAACGAUUUUGAUUUUGAUAUUGAUUACUAAAUUCCAAGAUCGAUCUUUUACUCUAUGCGCAACCCUCCAUUACAUUGAGAGGUAAUCACUCCCAUUUGCAACCAAAUUUCGGGCCAUACGACUAAAAUGUAUAUAUUUGGCAACUGGCUAGUAAAUAUUAAGAUUUCACACACCAGUUAAUUAAUUGGGAGGUAUAGUCAUGGAGUAUUCAGCAGCAAGAUCCAUUCACUGUGUGUUGAGAGAAAUAAUUAAUGUGUGUCCAAAGACAUGAUAUACAUGACCUACUUUUCACUGAGUAACCUCUCUUUUAAUACCCUUUCUGUACUUUACAGUGUGUUGUUGACCGUACCGGUUUUUAGCAUGUGUUCAACAAAUCAAUGUAAAUGCCGCUAAAUAGUAAAAAUUAUGCAAUUAAAACAAUACAAAUUUUACAAAAUAUAAUAGGUACAAUAUACAAUUAUAUUUAUUUAUUAAAUACAUUGAUUUGUUCAUUUUUUUUUUUAUCUAAAAUGUGACCAAAAUGAUGAAAAACUAAUAAAAUAUAAUUAGUCAAAUUUACAUUUUCAUAUUGUACCUAAUUAGAAGGUCCCCUGUAUAAUUCACAGAAUUAGCUGGGAGAGAAUUUAUUUCAUAUGUAAGCAAAAGGGACAUUAUAACUGAAAUCGGAAUCGAAUCGAGAGCUUAUGAAUAGGAAACGAGUCGGGAAAUCUGCAUCUAUACCCAGCCCUACAUAUCACGGUCUAAUUGAUUGAUUAAAAUGUUAAAUAUACAGUGCACUUUCGUAUGAUAAGGCAUCCAUACCAAGAUACCACUAACAGACAAAAGUUUUUGUGAUCCUAGAGCACUUUUAAAGCAUUAAUGAGUGAAAACAGAAAAACAUUAUAACAAUUCAGAUUGUGUUUAAUUGCUUUAAUGAAGUGUAAUAGUAGUGCAGUGACCUCAGCUUUGUAAUUGUUUCAUAAUCAUAGAACAUUCAGAGCAGGUACUCUGGUGAAACAUGAUUUGUAUAAAGUUGUUUGUACUAAAUAUUUCCAGGAGUAUUUAGAUUGUACUAAAUACUUCCAGUUUGGUCAAGCUUGUCUAGUUAACCGGUAUUAGAGGGAUUUUCUGCAAUAGCCAGAUGGUCAGGCUAAGACUAGCUGGCCGAACAGCCAUACCAGCUGAACACCAGCUUGGUCAAGUUGGAAGACUAGCAAAGACUAGCAAACCAUCUUAGUCUAGUUUAAGAUGGGUUUUUGUCAGCAGGGAAGGCAAUGUGUAGUCAGAUGUACAGACAAAUGUAUUAAUUCAUGAAAAAUGGACAGUGCAACAUUUUAAUACACCUAUUGGUUUGUCUGAUUUCUCAAUGUGUAAAUAUAGAUUUUUAGCAUUUGUAAUUUUAGCAUUGGUUAAUUGCCUCCAUUUUGAGGCUCUUUCCAUUUGAAGGCUCUGAUUAAGUGAUAUACAAUCUCUUUGCACAACAAUAAAGAGUUAUUAUAAGAAUUUGAACAGAA